GAUACUUUCUACGAUUAUGGUGUUUUGAUACUUUGAAAGAAUAUUUCACCUUUGAUGUCACAAUCAAAAAAGACCAUAAAUUGAUCACCACAGGACCAUAUUCUUUAUUAGUUCAUCCUUCGUAUACUGGUGCUAUUUUGAAAUAUAUCUUGGUAUUACAAAUGAAUUUUCAAUUAUGUCGUUAUAUUCCUGUAUACUUUCCAUCAACGAUGGGUAACAUUUUAUCAAGUUUGUGGUUUAAAGCGUUUCAAGUUAUUUGUUUAAUUAUUGUUCUUCACAAUCGAGUCAUUUAUGAAGAAAAGGUAUUGAAAAGUCAUUUUGGCAAGGAAUGGGAUGUUUACUUUCGUCAACGGAAAAGAUUUCUACCUUAUGUGUUUUGA